CUCUGUCUUGUCUACCUCUUUUAUCAGGGCUUUUGCCCGCGGGGCAGGAAUUUGAGGCUUAGCUCACUUAUGCAGGCACAGACAGGUCUGUCUCGUGAAGGGGAGCAGGUACUGAGAGGGCGAGCGAAAGAGGCAGACAGUGAGACACCGUUAGUAUUAUGCAAAGUUGUGAUUGCUGGAUGCAAAGUUUCUAGCUUGCGGCUGAAGAGGCUGGUGUAUUCAUAUCUGCUUUAUUUCCUGAUCUCUCCGCAAUGGAGACCAUGUCUCCACCAAACACCUGGCCAGAGCAGGAUUUUCAUGAUUUAGAUGGUGUGAUUGACAACGAGGUGGACAUGGACCGUCUGAACAGUAACAUUCCCCAAUGCGGUCGACAGACACAUCAGGUCUUGCAGAGCACCCCUCUGGACCUGAUAGAGACUGGGAAGGCAUUAAAGGUCCAAGCAGAGCGCCCCCACCUGGUCAGCCUGGGCAGUGGCCGUCUCAGCACGGCCAUCACUCUUCUGCCGAUACCUGAGGGCAGGACUACUGUGGGCCAUGGAGCCAUGGACAUCGACAUCCAGGGCCCCGGCGUGGCAGCCCAGCACUGCUACAUCGAGAACCGGGCCGGAGUCAUCACUCUGUACCCCUGUGGGAACCAGUGUGCCAUCGACGGCCUGCCCGUCACCAAACCUGUCCGACUGUCGCAGGGUUGUAUGUUGUGCUUCGGACAGUCUGCUUUCUUUCGCUUCAACCACCCCGAGGAGGCUUUCAGGAUGAAGAGCAUGAUGCCCGGUUCCAGCACAGGUUCGGCUGGUACCCUUAGAAACCACACAGACUCACGCAGCUUUGUCAAUGGGAACCAUCAAUCAGCACCGAUACACUGUGAGAGACCCCGCCCCCAGCACAGCUCCCUGGUCAGCUCCAUCGAGAAGGACCUGCAGGACAUCAUGGACUCUUUAGUCAUGGAUGAGCCCCAGGCCUCCACCUCCCAGCCCAAGGUGGCCGCUGGCCAGCCUGCCCCUCUGUCGACGCUGUCCCCCAUGAUGAACGGGGGCGGGCGCUACCAGCUGUCCCCGCCCACCAGCCCGGGCGCCAUGUCAGUGGGCUCCAGCUACGAGAACGCCUCCCCGCCCUUCUCCCCGCUCUCAUCGCCCUCGGCGACCAGCAGCGGCAGCUACACCAGCCCCUCCCCCGGAGGCGGCCAGGACGCGGCCCCCGCCCUCCCCCCGGUGCCCGCCAGGUCCUCCAGCUACCACUACACCACCCAGCCCCCCGUGCCCCAGCCCCGCACCCUCCUGCCCAGCAGCUCGGCCGGAGGAGGGGGCCUCAAGGUGCCAGAGAGCCCCAGGCUCCAGAGGAAGGCCCUGCUGGAGGCCCCUAGGAGCCCCACGCUGGGCCGCCGGGGCCCGGGGCAGGACGGCGUGGGGGCGAGGGGCGGAGACGGCCCCAGACAGGCGCACGGGCUGCCCUCGCUCUCGCUGUCGCCGGCCGCGGGAGACGGCGGCUCCUUCGGGAGGGCCGCGGUCCCCGGGAGUCCCCGCGCGGCACGCAAGUUCCCCCCCGCGUCUCCCUCCCCCACCCAGGCCGGUCCCAGGACCAAAGUGAGCGUGGCCGUCCUCCAGGAGCGCCCCCCGAGCCCGUUCCGUGAGCCCGUGGACCGCUCGCUUACCUCCAGCCCGUCCCCCCGCACCCUCCAGCCCCCGCUGGACCCUGUGGUCCACGUCGUCCAGAGCGGGGCCACGCCCCAGCCCCUCCCGCCCGGCCUGCAGCCCCCGGCGAGCCCCCGCCCUGCCCGCAGGGCCCUGGAGACCGGCAGCUUGCUGCCCCCCCCGAGCCCCUCCCUGACCCGCCGCGGGGUGCCUGUGUUGCCCGGGGCGUUGCCGGGGGUCUCACCCGUGCUGCGCACCCCGGAGAGCCCCACGGGACGGCUGGUCCCGGACAGCCCCAGGCUGAGGCGCAGGACGGCCUCCCCCCCGGAGGAGCCUCUGGGGCCGAGGGCGGUGCGGGCCCGUAGCCCCUCCCCCACCGGCCUGCUGAUGGAGGCGGGGUCUGGGCGGAAGGCCAGCUUUGGGAACGCCCUCUCCCCGGCUUACAGCCUGGGCUCCCUGCCUGGCUCCUCCCCUCUGUCCAGCCCCCGGACGCAGCGCAAAAUGUCCGGGGGGGUCAGGGAACUAAGGGCCCCGCACCCCGGAAUGCGGGAGCGCAAGAACAGCAUCACAGAGAUCAGCGACAACGAGGACGAGCUGCUGGAGUAUCACCGGCGGCAACGGGAGGAGAGGCUCAGAGAGCAGGAGAUGGAGAGACUGGAGCGGCAGAGGCUGGAGACCAUCCUGAACCUGUGUGCGGAGUACAACAAGGGCGACACCCCGGGCCUGGACCCCGGGAGGUAUUUGUUCCCCGGAGCGAGCCCCACGGGCGAAGACAGCGCCAGGAGGGCGUUGGCGGACGCGGCGGGGGGCGCGGCCCUGCGUGCGCCGCAGAAACAGAGGGAGAGCGACGAGGAAAACCUGAAGGAGGAGUGCAGCAGCACCGAGAGCACGCAACAGGAGGAUGAAGACUCUGGCAGGGGCGGGAGGCAGGAGCUGGCCUACCUGGAGGAGGAGCGGGUCCGAGUUCUGACUCGUGUGGACGAGCUGAAGUCUCGCAUCACUGAGCUGGAGCAGCAGCUGCAGGAGUCCAAGCAGGAGGUGACACCACUAGAACAGCGUCGGUGUUGUGUGAGCGGCUGCGUGGCCCGCAGGCAGGCAGAGCAGGUGGAGGCGGAGACCGAGAUCAUCUCACAGCUGCAGUGCAAACUCAGCGAGCUGGAGAGCAGCAUUCAGAGAGAGAAGGACAAGGAGAGGGCAAAUGUUGAUGUGGAACGGGAGGUCCUGGCCCGGCUCCAGGAGGGGUACAGUGAGCUGAAGAGCCAGCUUCACAACUGCCCCGAAUCUCUGCGCGAGCACUUACAAGAGCAGCUGAAGAGGGAAGCGGAGGCCUUGGAGUGCGAGACAAAGCGGUUUGAGGACUUGGAGUUCCAGCAACUGGAGAAAGAGAGUAGCUUAGAGGAGGAGAGAGAGACGAUCAGCCAACAGCUCCUGCAGGAGAGAGCGCAGUACCACACCAGCGUGGCCCAUAGGAAGGAAAAGGUGGCGGCACUUGAGAGCCAAGCCAAUCAACUGGGGCUUCAGGCCACCCAGGAGUGUGAGCGAUUGGCUAAGGACAAGAACCACGCCCUGCAGCUGCUUCAUAAGGAGAAGGAGAGGCUGUCGCUCCUGGAGAAGCGCUACCUCAGCCUCACUGGGGGGAGGGCCUUCCCCAAGAGUGCCAGCACCAUGAAGGAGGAAGUGCUUCAUAUCAGCGAGGCUGACCUGUUAGAGGAAGUCCACUCCCAGCAUUCCCACUGCCAACUUCCUGCUUCCCACUUAUACACUUCCUCCUCCCAAAUAUAUCCCAGCAGGCCUCACCAGGAGUAUCUGAAGCUCUCUGAUGUCUAUAAGAUGUAUGGGAACGGUUGCCAUGACACCCAAAUCGCCAGCUCUGCUCAGAACUGCACUCCGCUUGCCGUAGUUCCAGCUCUCCUCAGCGAGGAUUACGUCACCGUCGGCCAAUUAAGCCAGAUCUUCGGGAUGCCGAAGGUUGACUCCUCCCCCACAUCUCCUGUCCAAUCAUUCCAGUCUGUCAUUUCAGACUCUGCCCUCUCCUGCCACACCCCUCCACACGGCUCCUCCCUGUCUCCCUCUGUUGAGCCUGAGAGGAGUAGGCCUCACAUCCCCCCUCUUGAUUUAGAGCGCUGGUACCAGGAGAUAAUGGCAGCUGGGGAGCCCAGUCAGCCCUGUCCCCCCCCUCUCCCAGCUAAGUCUUUCUCUACACGCAGACCAGGGCAGGUGUACCGCUCCAAACUGGACAGUGAUGCCGGGUCGUCUGCAGCGCACCCCAAAGCCAGUGCAGGAUCGUCUCCUCAGUACAGCGCUGCUACAAUGAGCCGUAGCAUGCCUAGCAAGAGCCCCCUGGCCACGCCCAGCCACACUGGCAGCCUGCCACGUAACCUGGCCACCACUCUGCAGGACAUCGAGACCAAGAGACAGCUGGCAUUGCAGCAGAAAGAAUCCAUGCCUUCCACGUCUGAAUCUUCCUCCACCAACGACACUGUCACAGGUCAGCAGGUGAUCGAGGAGCAGAGGAGGCGGCUGGCGGAGCUGAAGCAGAAGGCCGCAGUGGAGGCGCAGUGCCAGUGGGAGGCGCUGCGGGGCUCUCAGACGCAGCUCAACGUCCUUUUCCCGCCCUCUGGGCCUCCCAUGGUGCACCACUCCAUCCUGCACCACCAGCCGCCGCCCGCUGGGGAGCGGCCCUAUGACACACUCAGCCUGGAGAGCUCCGACAGCAUGGACACCAGCGUUUCCACCGGCAACUCAGCCUGUUCCCCUGACAACAUGUCCAGUGCUAGUGGGAUGGAUGCCCUGAAGAUUGAAGAAAUGGAAAAGAUGCUGAAAGAGGCACAGCUGGAGAAGGCCAAACUAAUCGAGAGUCGAGAGAAGGAGACGCAGACACGGAGGCAGCUGCUGGAGGAGGAGCGGAGGAGGCGCGAGGAGGCGGAGAAGCGGCUGCAGGACGAGACGGUUCACAGGCAGCAGCUGGUGGAGAAGGAGGUGAAGAUGAGGGCCAGGAACUUCUCACAGGCUCGUCCCAUGACGCGAUACCUGCCCAUCCGCAAGGAGGAGUUUGACCUGCGCUCUCACAUCGAGUCGUCUGGGCACAACGCAGAGACCUGCUACCAGGUGAUCCUCACCGAGAAGAUGUGCAAGGGCUACCUGGUCAAGAUGGGCGGCAAGAUCAAGUCCUGGAAGAAGCGCUGGUUCGUCUUCGACCGCCUCAGGAGGACGUUCUCCUACUACGUGGACAAGCAUGAGACCAAGCUGAAGGGAGUGAUCUACUUCCAGGCCAUUGAGGAGGUGUAUUACGAUCACCUGCGCAGCGCCACGAAGAAAGGAUUUUUCAAUCUCAGUUUGGCCAAUCACAUCUCUGAUCUGCUGCCUCCUCAGUUCCGUAGAGAGAGUCCGAACCCCUCUCUGACCUUCUGCGUGAAAACCCACGACCGGCUGUACUACAUGAUGGCUCCUUCACCCGAGGCCAUGAGGAUAUGGAUGGAUGUCAUAGUAACGGGGGCCGAGGGCUACACGCAGUUCAUGAACUGAAGAAGAAAGGAGCGGCUUUUCGAAAAGCUUGAUGACAAACGGAUCCAGCAGGGAGAUGCAGAGUAACCUGAGACCAUUGCGGCGUUACGAGGACCUGAACUCCCAGUUCUGGGAAAAGCCUUUCAUUUGUUACUUGUAUUUGUAUUAUUUUUUUUUUACACAAAUACCUUCAUUUUAGACUUUCUCUUUGCCAUUUUUUCUAUGUGCUUCAGCAUGGAUGAAAAAGGGAGUUCUGGGAGGACAGAAACAAAAUUAUACCAAAAUUCUCGGCUUUGCUGCUUAAAACAAGGCCUUGCUUGUGUUGCCAAUGGAGAGAUUGUUGUUUUUUUUUUUUUUUUUUUGGUACAGUCCCUUGAUGAAAGGACCCAUUUUUGUGUACUGCUAACUUUAAUGCUUUUGAAGUUUAAUGACACUGAAUUAUUUAAUCUUCAGCUACAGGCCAGUGAAGGCCCGCCAAUCUGAAGUGCUUUUUCACAUACACACUUUACAUGCAAUCCACAAGGAGGGAAUCUUUUGUGAGGUCUGGGUGGGUAUCAAUGGAAUUGCUAUGUCACAUCUGCAAUCAAGAUUUCUUCUCCAAUAAAUACAAAAAUGGCCGUUUUUACUGGAAAGCCAACUAGCAUAAACAUACCAGUGUAGAUGAUUCCAGGACAAUUUCCACCAAAGAUUUUCUCUGCCAGCUGCUCCAGAGGGGGCCUGUUUCCCUUUUUAUGGUUAUUUUUUAAUUUAAGAAAUGUCUCCAUUGGAAACUGCAGAACGGGAUCCACACUGUGUUUUUCAGCAAAUGUUGCCAACAAAUGAAUUAAAAGGUGCAUAAUCACACACACACUCACUCGCAUGUGCACAUGCACACCCGCAUGCCCACAUGCAUGUGCACUCAAACAAGUAUGAUCAGUGUGCCAAGUUGUGAUAUCUAGACAAUAUGACUUUAUCCCAAAUAUGGAGCAGCCAUUCCAUCACUGCCAGCCUAUAACAAGAGCUACUAAAGACUUAUACUGCAGACACAACAUAACUAACUACAACGAUGCAAUUCAUUCUCUCUUGAAACUAAUAUGUGCCUUCAUAUGUAUUUGUUAUUCCAGGUAUUUGACUUUAAAGCUUGUGGGAAAACUAUCUUAAUCUGUAUGUGUGUGUGAGAGAGUGAAUGUGCGUGCGCGAGUGAGUGUGCGUGCGUGUGCGCAAUGUGUGUGUGUACAUAAUAUGUAAUUUCAACAUUGUUGAAUGGAGAUUUGCACAAGGCUUGGGGGGUUAAAGCUAUAUUUCACUUUGGUUUAACACAACUAUUAUGUGGUGCUUACCACAUUGUAAUAGCAUAGCGUGAAUACUGGCAACAUCAGCUGUCCCUGUUAACGUCAAUGGCAGCAACUGUUCCUGCCGGUUUUCCGGUUCCCAAUUCACUCCCCUUCAUUUUUGCGACCUUUUAAUCUUGUUGCUUAGAGGAUAAUAGGUUGAUAAAAAGAGAAUACUAACAUCGAACGGUCUCAGUUUUUAUGAGCUGAGAAGCUGUUUUCAGAUUUAGGUUUGCUAUAAACUAAGAAACUAUUUUCAGAUUGGGUUCUUGGCUACAUAGAAAUACAACCAGUCGUAGUUAGAUUUUUUUAUAAAUGCAUGCGCCCAUGUGGGUUAAAAUAAAGCUUUUUUCGUAUCUUAUUUUUCUUAUAAGGCAAUAAAACGUCGAAAAUACAUCAGAUAUUCAAAAAACCUGGGACCGUUUGAGGUUAGUAGUCUGUUUUAUCGACCUAUUAUCCUCCAUAGUUUGUGUUUUAAAACGAUUAAUUUCAGUGAGGUGAAAAUUAAUGGGAACCAGAUAAUCAGGAGAAACGGCGCUACCGGUAAUGGCUGGUACGGACUUCUAAUCACACUACGCAAAUGGGGUAAGCGCUGCAAAAUUACUUUGUUAUACCUAAGUGCGAUAUCCCUUUAACAGUCUUAUGACUGCUGUUGAAUUACAGUGUAAUAUUGUGGCACUCAGAAAAGAAUAUCUGUGAUUUUGUUAAAAACCCAGGUGUUCAGGCUACUUAAAAGCAAACUAUCUAUCCUACUGUUUGCCGUGAUGCUGUCUGUGAGGUAACCAUGUCCAAGGGAAAGUGCACCCGUGCGCACAGAACACUCUGGACAGGAACUCAAGUGGCCAGGGGUGUGUUUCCUGAUAAAGUUGGAUUUUAGGAUUAAUUAGUGUGUUUACGAGGUUCUUAAGCAACAAUGCUCUCUCUUUGAGUGGGUUUCCCAAACACAAUCGUUAGGCGGACUGUUAAAAGGAAUUUAACACACUUUGCAAAGCGCGUUCUCGCUACAGCAUGAGUAGUUGAUAAACCGAUGUCUAAGUAAUAAUAGGCUAAAUAAUUAAGGAAAAUUUCCCGAAAAUCACCCACUCCUGGCUUCAUCCGUGAAGAGGUCUCGUGGAUUAAAGUUUACCCUGAUUGCAGCGGUUCUUCUAUGUUUCUGCACCGUUGGUUCUGGUGCACGAUUCUCUGAAGUGCAGCCAUUACGGUUUAGACAAUUCUCCACAAUGCAGGGGUGGCAAUGUUUUGGCCUUGUGUUUACAGUUUUACAGGUGAAUAAUUCGAUUAUCAUUUGCUUAUUAAAUGCAUUUAAUUGGAUAAAAAAUAAUCAAGUUAUAAAUGUGACAUUGGCAUGUUCAAUUUAAUACAGUGUCAUUCCAAAUGAUAUUCAAAUACAAUAUUUAUUUUAUCGGUAUUUACUUUAUAUUUUUACAAUAUUUACUCUGAGUAUACGUGAAAACGAAUGACUACGAGGCUGCUACACUUUACACAUGAUUCUAAAGCGCAUGUGUGUUGUUUGUGCUACCAAAGCCGACUGCUGCAAGAAGAAUCGUAAAGAGGUUCUUUGCUGCAAGCAAACUGAUCUAGACAACGCUUAACCUACGAGUGAACUAAAGGGGCACUCGUUAUGAAUGUGUUUGGGAAACCCACGUUAUUUUAAUGGUCGUAAGAGGCAUUUAAAGAGGUUCUCCGCGUCGAGCGGCUUUCGGGAAGGCCACAACAGAUGUACAGUAUUGGUGUGUUCAGAAUGACCGGUACCUGUGUGCUCACUGUAAGCAUACCUCUGUGCUGAUAGACCGUAACACCGUGCCCAUAGUGUAUUUUCACAGUGGUUUUAGUCAUGUGCCUGGUGCCCGGCUGGUGCAUGCAAUCCCUCUGGGAUCAAUAGACUGUGUUUGACAUUAUUGUAACAGUUUCGUAUUGUAGCUAAUGUGAAUAAAAAGGUUUAAUGAUAGGUCCCCAAAAAAGAGAAGCGAACAUAUUGGCAGGAUUGGUUGUCAGUGGCCCUGGUCAUCAGAGCGACCAAUGAAAAGCAGCCAGUGAAAAUCUCCCUUGUUUUUUGUUGCAUCCUUGUCAUGCUUCCUUGUUCAUCAUUUAGUAUCAACUCUUCUCACUAUAUCUGAAGGUUUUUAACUAUAAACCAUACACUUUAUAACAGUGCAGGCUUGUGAUGAACAAUACACAAGGGAGGUCACGGGAACCCUGCAGAACUAUUUUGAGAAUCAGGUAUGCACCGUCUCUUUUCUGUAUAUGCAUUUGUCUGGUUGGAAUACAAUACGUGCAUAACAGUGCACCUUUACUAUGUUGUAGUGCUAUGCUAUUGUUAUUGCUCAUUGUGUUUCAUCUGUCUGUUAAAGAUAAUUCCUCCAUCUUCUUCCUACAUGCUUACACGUACUCUCAUCCCCUCACUCUGUCUCUCCCUGUUCUCUUGGCCUUGCCCUUCCCAACGAGACACGAUUCAUUCAGACGCACGUGCACACACACGCUCUGGACCAUGUUACACAAUUGGUACUUUUUUCUUUGCCUUACACAUUUAUGCGUGCGGACUGUGUGGGGUUUGUUUAUCGGGCCAAUUAAAAAGGAAAUCUUU